GAGAGGUGGUACCUGAGCAGAGGAUUGAUCGUGUCAGACAAUGGGAAACAUUUGUUGCUCUAAAGGUGCGUGCAGGGUCCUGCCACAGCAGUCAUCACCAGUUCUGGACUUCCCAGUGGAACAUGUCAGUGAAGGAGAACAGGCUGCCAGCACUCCAGUGCUUGUCUUCGGAUCCAAUGACCUGUAUACUCCAAAUUUAGAGGAAUCCAGCCCUGUGUUCACAUAUCCUCAGAAGUGGGCCAUUCCAGUCAGGGACUGUCUGAAACCUCUGUCAGAGAAGAACAGUUUGAUAAACGAUUGCAUUUUGGAGUCACUUGAGGAUUUGCCCACAAGUGAAGAAUUUCCAGAGGGUUCUGAUACAGGUGUCUUCAGUGGUGGAUCAGAGGGAGAUGUGUCUUCAUCUGACACUGAGGUAGCACAUACUUCUACCUCAAAGAAGCCACUGAAGAAGCGGUUUAUAAAGGUGAAUCUACGAAACCAGGCGAGAGAUGGAAGACUGAAGGGAACUGAGGUGGUGCGGAUAUCUAAAUUAUCGAAAGAUGUUACCUUCCUGGAUUCAGAUGAGGACAGCAGUGGAUGCAGUAGUGACAGUUUAUCCCAUGUUUCACUACCUGGAAUGGAAGCUCCAAUCACCUCCACCACAUUCACUGAAGAGUUGCGACGGUUGAAUCCAAGUUUCGAGACUGGUAAAGGUGAACCUCAGUUGACUACCAUGGCUCCAUUCUUCUCCACCCGAAAUGAUGUACAGUUCAGAAGGCUGAAUCCCAGUCUUGAGAGUGGUGUAGGUGGACCUCAGCAGAUUGACAUGGCUCCAUUCAUCUCCACCCGAAAUGAUGAACAAGUCAGAAGGAUGAAUAUACAUUUGGAGACUGGUGAGGGUGGACCUCAACGGACUGAGGUGGCAUCAUCAUCAUCCUCCAGUGAUGGUAAGUGUCCUGCAGCCACUACCUUUCAUGGUAAACUUAGUGUCAUUAAUCUAGAGACUCAUUCUGACUGAGAUCUUUGAAUCAUGUUAGAGAUCUGAGGAAAACAACCAUCCAUCAUUUCUGUUUGCAAAAAAAAAAGCCUAUGUAACUUUAAGAAAGUGGUUUCACUACUAGUGUUGUCACUACUAGUGUGCUGACCUGCUUGACUUUGAGGGUCCAUGUGUGGUGGUGAGAAUAACUGUUUUUUUAUGUUUUUAAUUUUUAAAAUAAUUAUUCCCUUUUGUUGACCUUGUUGUUUUAUUAUUGUAGUUAUUAUUGUUGUUGAUUAUGUCAUCAUUGUUGGAUAGGACAGAGAGAAAUGGAGAGAGAUGGGGAAGGCAGAGAAGGAGAGAGAAAGAUAGAUACCUAAAGACCUGCUUCAUAGCUUGUGAAGCGAUUCCCCUGAAAGUGGGGAGCUGGGGGUUGAACUGUGAUCCUUAAGCAGGUCCUUGCACUUGGCACCACCUGCGCUUAUCCCACUGCACUACUGCCCAACUCCAGUGGGAAUAAUUGUAUGUAUGUGUGCCCCAAUGACUACUAGAGCCUAUUACUACAAUUCCAAUGUUACCUUCCUUAAUAAGUUAUUCCAUCAUUAUUGUGGGGGUACAUAUAUGUGUGGACAUUGAGUGAAGUGUAGAAUUAAAUAUCUCAUUCAAAGGAAUGAUUCAUGAGACACAAAGGAGGUAUCAAGGACAGCAAGUCCAUGGUGGCAUGGGUCCUAAUGAGUAAAGGUCAUGGUGGCAGAAAUGUCCUCAUGCCCUGGGCCCAGCACUGAGGCUCUUAGGAUGGACACUAUGACCUCUCUGAGUAAAGAUGAGGCAGGAGCUGUUUUCUUCCAUGGCUCCUGAGAUCACUGCAGGGACAUCUUCCUCAAAGAUGGAUACAGGAGUUUCCUUUACACUCAUCAUCAUCUCCAUUAACUCUAUGAUUAACCAAGUCUUUCCUCAAAGAUGCAGAGGUGAGGGGCUGGAAUUAUAGUCAUGUCUCCCUUCCUCCAUAUAGCCCUCCAGGACAUGGACAUCAGAAAUGAAGAAGGGUGGUAGACAGGAAAAUAGGCUCCCAAAUAUAUUUUCCUUUGUGUCAUUCCAGUGCUACUUUCUUUUGGCACCUCCUCCUAGAAGUGCCCUGAGAAUGAGUCCUUGUCUACACCUGUUGAGCCAUGUUUUCUGUCCCAGAAAUAAAGUUACAUAAAUGAAAUGUCUUAUCCACAUGGUUAGGGCACUUGUAGAAUAUUCUUGUGGCAGAUGAGUUGAGUGUGGCAUGGAGAGUGAGUCGAACAAACUGUGUGG